UCAAAAAAAAAAAACUGUCAACCAGAGACGAAAACCGCGUCCACCCUCGCCACAAAAAUCAAAGCAGUCACUUGCACGCCAUCGCCUCUGACCUCUGUGCGUAUUUAUUGACCCCUCUCCCGGCCGUCCCUUCCCGAGCCGUCGUCGUCGUCCAACCCCUCCGACCUCACCCCCAACGUUUCCUUUCCCCCCUCCCUCGCGCCCUCGCCGUCACGCGGAUCAACCGAUCUCGCACGCAAUGUCUCAGACUGUUGAACUCAGGGUUGGCAUGUCAUGCGAGGGAUGCGUUGGAGCUGUUAAGCGGGUUCUUGGCAAAAUGGAAGGUGUUGAGUCCUUCGAUGUAGACAUCAAGGAGCAGAAGGUCACUGUGAAGGGUAAUGUGACGCCGGAUGCUGUUCUGCAGACUGUUUCGAAGACAGGCAAGAAGACGUCGUUCUGGGAGGCUGAACCCUCGGCAUCUGCUGUUUCGUCCUAAAAAGGCACCUCUAAUAUGUAAACUGUGAAGUUUAAUGUACCAAUGGCCCAGUUGAAAUGCUUUGCAAGGACAUGAUUUUCUGGUCGGAUGGUAUAUGCACCAUGAAUUUACUGCAAAUAAUAGCAAACUGGUAAUCGUUUGUGUGCA